UGCAAAGGUGAGGAGCGUUUAUGGAAAUAUGAUCCCUGGCAAAGUGCUUUAUAAGAGAGCUUCACCUCACCUGCACAGACACAGGAAGAGAGAGAGAGAGAGAGAGAGAGAGAGAGAGAGAAAGAGAGAGCGUGCUGUAAAAUACAUGUGGAGCAUUUCAACUGAAAUCAACCCUGCACCAUGCAGUUCAACACACUCUUCUUCCUGCUGAUUGGGUCGUAUCUCUGUCUCGCACUGGCACAAGUGAGCUAUGACGACUGCUGUUUGCGGUAUGUGAAAACUCUGAGCAGCAGAACUCAGAGACAUGCAGUGAAGUACAGAUGGCAGGUUCCGGAUGGUGGCUGCAACCUGCCUGCUAUAAUCUUCACCAUGAAGAAGGGACGUGAGUUUUGCACAGACCCCAGAGAGAGAUGGGUGGGAGAUCUGAUGAAGAUUGUUAAUGAAAAAGAAAUCAAAAAGUCCAACAAGAGACCCACUAGAAGGCGCCCUUCACAUCGGCUCAGAGGCUGAGGGUGACUGUCUGCUGCGAUGGGUGCGUCUCACAUUCCCCCCUCUCUUUGAUAAAUCUUAUCAUCAAGCUGUUUUAUGGUGUCGUAUUGGAACGCCGGUCAAGGAAUUCUAGCAUUACUUUUGCUUUCACUCUGUCUGAGAUAGAGGUUAAAGCUCUGUCAGGGUUGGACUGCUGAUGCCAGCUGACCGCACACAACCAUAUAACGAAUGACUUCAAUUUCAUGGCUGCUUCACUGAAACUAUUUGAGACCAUUUUCAUGCCAUGCAAGGCAUCAGAUAUUCAAUAAGCUGCUUAAUUAAUGGUGAUGGAGUGUAUCAUAUAUCUGUAUAUAAUUAUUGUUUGAUGGAACAUUUACUGUACUUCUCUCAUGUAUCUGUAAGUAAAAUACCUGUUAACUAACAAAUGAUCAAAUGUAAACUUCUUUCUGAAUUCUGUCAUAAAAAUGGGAAAAAUUCUGUCUUCAUUUAUU